AUGCUUUGGGUAAUAUUAACAAUUUCGUGGACUGCAUUCAUAUGGGACUUCUAUCUGAAUUAUCGCCAGUAUCGUAUACAAAAGAACACAAUAGCAAGACCGCAUGCAGCAAAGGAUAUUAUUUCUGAAGAAGAUUACGCCAAAGCGCGAAGCUAUGCGGUAGACAAGCAUGACUUUAACCUCAUAUAUUCAAUGUAUUCUCAAGUAGGAGAAACGGUUAUUCUUGUUUCCGAGCUGAUAUUCUUUUUCUGGAGAAUCUCUGGUAAUUUGACUGCAAAAAUUGGGCUGACUAAUGAGGUCUCGUAUGGUUUUGAUUCCUCACAUUUGUUUUUACUUUUUGGAUUUAGCUUUAUAGUACAAUCGGUUAUCUUUGUCACCCUCGUUGGCUUGGUCGAAACCGUUCUUCAUCUACCGUGGGAAUAUUAUUUGACUUUUGUGAUUGAAGAGAAACAUGGGUUCAACAAACAGACUGUUUCCUUCUUCUUCAAAGAUAAAAUUAAGAAGUUGCUGGUGGGAUUGGUUAUUAUGGCUCCAGUCCUUGCUGCUGUCAUUUAUAUCGUACAGCAUGGCGGACCAUACUUCUUUGUUUAUGCCUGGAUAUUCCUUUCUGUUGUUAUAUUUCUGUUUUUGACGAUAUAUCCAGAGUUCAUAGCUCCACUUUUUGACAAAUACGUCCCGUUACCUGAAAGCGAGCUUCGAAAAAAGAUCUUUGCACUUGCGAAAAGUGUUAAUUUUCCACUUACCAAACUUUGGGUAGUACAAGGCUCUGCACGUUCUGCUCACAGCAACGCGUAUAUGUACGGAUUUUGGAAGAAUAAGAGGAUCGUUUUGUACGAUACACUUCUUAAUGAAAAAAAUAAUGAGUUAUUGAAAGAGUCGAUUGGCAGCGCUGGGGACACUGGAGAGGAAAAGAAAACGGAAGCGAAUGACAAAAGGAAGGACCUGGGUAUGAGUGACGAUGAAGUUGUCGCAGUUUUGGGCCACGAACUGGGUCAUUGGGCCCUAUACCACAGUAUUUGUAACUUGGUUAUUGCUGAGGCUAACAUGCUCUUAAUGCUACUCGCCUUCUCUUGGUUUUAUAAAGCCAAAAGUCUUUACCAAGCUUUUGGGUUUUAUGAUUCUACUCCAACAGUUGUCGGAUUAAUUAUUGUUUGCCAGUUCGUAAUGACUCCGUAUUCUGAACUCAUUUCCUUUUUAGUUACGGUACUCACAAGAAAAAUGGAGUUUGCUGCAGACAAAUAUUCCGCAAAACUUGGUUACGCCGAUCAGCUAUGUGACGCUUUAAUUAAGUUAGGCAAAGAUAACCUCUUAUUACCCGUGGACGAUCACUUGUACUCCAUGUUUAAUCAUUCACAUCCACCGAUUUUGGAACGUAUUGCUGCGAUGAAAAAGUCACAGUGA